AUGUUACGACGGUACUUGGCUACAUCUGCAUCUGCAACUGCAACUGCGACAGCUAGUGCUAGUGCUGGUGCACCCAAAAACAGUAUAAAGUCAAACUUUAAGUUCCACCCCGAGUAUAAAUUCAAAUGCGGGCUUGAAAUCCAUACUCAGCUAAAGACAAAGUAUAAGCUCUUUUCAUUAUCACGAACCAGUUUCAACGAUACUCCCAAUAGUCAUAUCAGCUAUUUCGAUGUUGGCCUCCCAGGAACUCAACCAAAAUUGAAUCCCGAAGCUUUGUAUUUGGCAUUAAAAGCUGCAGUAGCAUUAAACUGCGAAGUUCAGCAAAUGUCCCGUUUUGAUCGAAAGCAUUAUUUCUAUCCAGACCAGCCAAUGGGCUAUCAAAUCACACAGAACUUCCAUCCACUAGCCAAGAAUGGCUAUCUCACAUUUAAUGAAUUUGAUGGUGUAGAGAUUGCCACCUCCAAAGAUGGCGCAAACGACACGAUACGAAUAGAGAAAAUUCAACUUGAGCAGGAUACGGGGAAAAAAUAUGGAGAUAUAAUAGAUUAUAAUAGAGCAGGCAUCCCACUAAUAGAGGUAGUGACAAAGCCAGACUUUGACUCAAUUGAAAAAGUGUUGGCAUUUGUUAAAAAAUAUCAACUUCUUGUGAGACAUUUUGAUAUAUGCAGUGGAGAUUUAGAGACUGGUGCCAUUAGAGUAGAUGUCAAUGUAAAUGUUAAUGACAGCCCGAGAGUCGAAAUCAAAAACAUUUCAACUACUGGUGACAUUGUCAAUGCUAUAAAGUAUGAAUACAAUCGACAAGUGGAGACGUUGACCAAGGGAGGUAGCUUGGAACAACAAACAAGAAACUGGGAUGGUAUACGCACCAAUCUUGCGAGGUCGAAAGAGAAUGCUAUUGAUUAUAGAUACUUUCCAGAUUCUGAACUACCUCAGAUCAUUCUCUCACCCGAUAUCGCACAUGAUAUCAAGACCUCAUUGCCUGAAAGUCCAGAUAGUUUAUUGGCCAGGUUAACAUCGUCUCCGCAUAAUUUACAGCUUGCACAUGCAAAAAAUCUUAUAACCGAGCCCGAGCUUUUGCACUAUUAUGAAUCAUUUUUUGCAAUUCACAGAAAACCUGACGCCGAUAAGUGGGUGUUUCAAGAAUUGUUGACUGCGUUUGCGAAACUAGGAAAGACAUUUGACGUUGAAAUAGUGAAGCCAAACGUUUUUGCUCAUUUGGUUUCGAUGGACCUUAACCUUGUGUCCAAAAGAUUGAUUUUAAAACACAUGGUACAAAAUGAGGUAUCCCUCGAUAAAGCUAUUGAACAGUUGGGAUUCAAAGAGGAUCAAAAACCCACCACCGAGCUGGCAGAGGAUAUUUGUAAAGAAAUUAUUCUGACAAAUCAACAAAUCGUAGACCGUAUUCAAAGCGGACACGCAAAAGCUGUUGAGGUACUUGUAGGAAAUGCCAUGAAAAAGACUAGAGGAAAAUUUGCAGCUCAAACAUUUAGAAGUUUGUUUAAAGAGCAGUUGGGAAUCAGCUGA